GGAUUCGCUAGGCGGCCAAUGGCUGGGCGGAGCCGCACCCCUUCUACGCCCGCCAGGGCCACAGGCUCCAGAGCCGGCUCCCGGGCUACCAUGGAGCGUCCCGUGAGGGUGAAGACUUGGGUGGAGGAGAACCGGGCCUCCUUCCUGCCCCCGGUUUGCAACAAGCUCCUGCACCAGGAGCAGCUCAAAGUCAUGUUCGUCGGGGGCCCCAACAUCAGGAAGGACUACCACAUCGAGGAGGGUGAGGAGGUGUUCUACCAGCUAGAGGGUGACAUGGUUCUCCAGGUCCUGGAGCGAGGGAAACACCGGGCUGUGACCAUUCGGCAGGGAGAGAUAUUCCUGCUUCCCGCUGGGGUACCCCACUCUCCACAGAGGUUUGCCGACACCGUGGGACUGGUCAUUGAACGGAGACGGCUGCAAACGGAGCUGGAUGGGCUCAGGUACUACGUGGAGGACACUACGGACGUCCUGUUCGAGAAGUGGUUCUACUGCGAGGACCUUGGCACACAGUUGGCUCCCAUCAUCCAGGAGUUCUUCAGCUCUGAGCAAUACAAAACAGGAAAGCCCAUCCCUGACCAGCUGUGCCAGAAACCACCAUUCCUCCUGAGCACACGAUCUGUCAUGGAGCCCAUGUCCCUGGAGGCCUGGCUGGAUGGGCACCACAAGCAGCUGCAGGAAGGCACAUCCCUCAGCCUGUUUGGGGACUCCUAUGAGACACAGGUGAUUGUCCAUGGACAAGGCAGCAGCAAGGGCCCGAGACAGGACGUGGAUGUGUGGCUGUGGCAGUUGGAAGGUUCCUCUGUGGUGACAAUGGGGGACCAGCACCUGAGCCUGGUCCCAGAUGACAGUCUUCUGGUGCCAGCUGGGAAUGCGUACACCUGGGACCGAGGACGGGACUCUGUGGCCCUGGCUGUGACCCAGGACCCCACCCGCAAGAAACCCCUGGGCUGAUACUCUGGGUGCUGCCCCCCAAGGAGCCACAGUGCCUCCCUCCCCCACCCAGUUCCCCUCUCUGCUUCUGCGCGUGCUGCUGCCGAUGUACUGCGUGUCCCUGGAGCAGGGCCCUGGACAUAGCCAUCCAGCCUCCUCUUCCUCUCGGCCAGGCUCUUAGGGGGACAGUCAUGCCCUUUCUCUUCUAUCAUUCCUCUGCCCACUGCCUUACAUAGUCUGCUCCAUGAUUGAGGCCGGGCUGCCUCUCCAUCCCUCUGUCCUCCCAGGCUCAGGACAGCACUCGCCUGCCACACAGAGGGCCCUCAAUAAAGUCUUCCUGGUGGACAA